AUACCCCUUCCAGUCUUCGCGUACUUUAGCUCCUUCUUCUCGCCCUUUUCUCUUUAUUUUCUCCUACUGUCGGCAUCAGCAGGUUACAGCCUGCCCAUUUUGCUCUCGGACGGUAUUGGCGCGAAGUCAUGAUGAACUCGGAACCCUCUGAAGGCGUGCCCGCUCCUGUACAAGCCGCGCAACAAUAUAUCCACAAGGCCCAACGAUUAUAUCAAUCAUACCUCGACCGGGCGACACCCCAUGUUAUGUACAGAUGGCUCGGGACGUUGGGUGUAACUAUUCUCUUUGAACUGCGGAUUGUUUUUGCGCAGGGGUGGUAUAUCAUAUGCUAUGCCCAUGCUAUCUAUAUUCUGAACCUUCUCCUCGCCUUCCUGCAACCAAAAUUCGACCCUUCCAUUCAAGACGAUCUCUUGGCGGACGAGAUUGAAGAGGGAGGAUCUGAGGAACAGAGGUCGCCCCUUCCGAGCUCGCGGGAUGACGAGUUUCGUCCGUUCGUGAGGAGAUUGCCUGAGUGGCAAUUUUGGCUAUCAACCACGAGAGCCACGGUCAUCUCCCUCGUCCUCACCUUCUUCACCGUAAUGGACGUUCCCGUUUACUGGCCCAUCCUCGUCCUGUACUUCUGCGUUCUUUUCGUCCUCACAAUGAGGAGACAACUGCAACACAUGAUCAAAUACCGCUACGUCCCUUUCGACUGGGGCCGGAAGGCUCAGUAUGGGAACCGACGAUAAGGUGCUCGGGCGCCACAGAGAACAUGUCUUGAACUUCCAGAAGUGGGCGUAGGAUAUACUUACGGUUUGAACCUUUUCAUGGGAUAGAUCAGGAUCUUGAGAAGUGGUGACGGGGACUAUGAUUUGUAGACUGCGUUGUGGUCCGAGGCAGGAAUUGGACGGUUUCUUUCUCUCUCUGGCGUAAUGGGCAUUUGGCUAGCUAUGCGACUGUGGUUUGUCGGUGGAUUGAGCUCGA